AUGAGCACUCCGCGCCAACCGUCCUUGCCUCUCCCCGCCCACGCAUCGCCUGUCUCUUCCUCAGCUCCGUCCCCUAAACAUGCACGUCCCAAUUUUCCGGAUGUGUUAGGCGCGCCGCCGGUUCCGCCGCCGCGAACAUCGUCCACCCACCACCAUCGCAGCUCGAACGGUGCCGGCUCGUCGGAAAAAGUCUCCGGUUCGCGGCAAGGCAAGAGUCGCUCCGACCGCAAGGAAAACCGCGACCGCUCACGCGACGAUCGGAAUGGGAAGAGCAGGUCACGGCGGCAGGAACCUGUGUCGGAGUCGAGUCGGGAGACUAGUGGGAAGUCAAGGAGCCCCAAGUCUGACAUGGAGGACGCUUCUGGUCAGCCAUUGGUCAAGGAGUCGAGCGCAGUUAUCAAUGCUGUCGUGGUCAGUGACCCUGUCGUGGACCGAGAGCGGGAACAGGUGCGCCAGGCGGGCGCAUCGCCUGCAGGCUUUGUCGAACCGGCUGUUUCGGAGGAUGGUGGCCGUGCUGCUGGACACCGCAGCCGCCAUGACUACAACAAUGGGAACACGGUCAAGCGCAAGGAGACCACCUUUGGGCACUACAUUCUCGGACAGACCCUCGGUGAGGGUGAGUUUGGCAAGGUAAAACUGGGUUGGAGGCGCGAUGGCAGCAUCCAGGUGGCCAUCAAGCUCAUUCGGAGAGAGUCGUUGGGGUCCAAUCCCUCCCGGCUACCGAAGAUCUACCGCGAGAUUUCGAUUCUGCGGGAUCUUUCACACCCUAACAUUGUGCGCCUUCAUGAAAUGGUGGAAACGGACCGUCACAUUGGUAUCAUCCUGGAGUACGCCUCAGGAGGAGAGCUCUUCGACUACAUCCUAAACCAGCGGUAUCUCAAGGACAACUCUGCACGGCGGCUGUUUGCACAAUUGGUAUCGGGUGUUGGGUACCUGCACAAGAAGGGCAUUGUACAUCGAGAUCUCAAGCUGGAGAAUCUGCUGCUCGACCGCAACCGCAACAUCAUCAUCACCGAUUUUGGGUUCGCCAACACAUUCGACCCAGCCGAUCAGCUCGACGAAGAAAUUGAAUACAACCUCACUAACAAAGAAUACGUCAAGCGGAAGCGGCUGGAUAAACCUAACGCCAAUGGCCUGCGACGAGGUGACUUGAUGCAAACGAGCUGCGGUAGUCCUUGUUAUGCAGCCCCCGAACUGGUUGUCAGCGAUUCCUUGUACACCGGCCGCAAAGUCGAUGUUUGGAGCUGCGGUGUUAUCUUGUACGCGAUGUUGGCUGGAUAUCUCCCCUUCGACGACGACCCGGCAAACCCAGACGGCGACAACAUCAAUCUUUUGUACAAAUACAUCGUCACCACACCUCUCACCUUCCCGGAAUAUGUUUCCCCACAUGCUCGCGAUCUUUUGAGACGGAUAUUGGUCCCUGACCCCCGGAAACGAGCAGACCUGUUCGAGGUUGCCCGCCACAGCUGGCUGAGCGAGUAUGCGCAUAUCGUUUCUCAUAUCACUAGCAGUACGACCAACGUUGCGGACAUUGCCAACUCGACAGUACCCGCCGAAUCGCAAGAAGCACCGUCUCUCAACCGCAGUGCCUCUGUUCGUGAGCCACCAAAGUCACACCAUGGCAACGUUGCGCCUGUUGGUGGUCUCAGCCAUCAUUCAGGAGAUGUCUCGCAGGAAUCACCAACCGAGAAAUCCAAGACACCUCGAGACGCCAAGCGGAGAACAGUCCAGGUCGAAUAUGUUGCCCCUCAAUCACAGACUGCUCGAGAGUUCGGUGAGUCUUCGAGUCGAGGCCCUGCUUCACCGCAGGACGAAACGGCUACCUCAGACCGUCCCGUCUUGCCUCGGGCAGCCACAGACAACGCCGCAGCCACUGGAGUGCAAACCCGGCCCACCACAGGUGGCUCGAUGGCCUCUUUCCAUACUGGCCGCUUGCCAUCUCGAGGCUCUUACGGUCAACCCGUGGCACCCACGGUCACAGCCACUAACACGCAGGCUCGUCUGGCACAGCCAAGGAGCAAGCAAUUAAUGGAUCUUCAAGAGUCGUCGGUUGGCCGCCCCAGUGUACAGCAGUUGCCGUCCUCUUUCAACCCGACGCCUCGCCAGGACCCACCGAAGGGCCACAAGCGGUCGAGCACCGUUUCAAGCAUUGGCGAGAAACUAUUCGGACGGUCCGGCUCGAUCUUGGGUGGACGCGGUCCACAACCGAGCGCACCCCGUACACGAAAUGACAAGCGCUACCCUCCAACCAGCAUGAAGGAAGCUCUUCCCAGUCAGGACUCUCGAUCGUCCAUGGAUUCAAGGCGCUCCAUGCAAUAUUCGCAUAGCCGCAAGACUAGUCAGGCUGGUACUGAGGGUCGCUCCCGGCGGUUCUCCCUUCUUCCACCAUCUUUCUCCUUCCGACUCUCCUCUUCUGGUCGAUCGCAAACAUCUGAAGAUCCAUACCAGACACCUCGCACUGUGGAUCCUAGUGGCCAGCAACGACCAGCAACGGGCCCAACCCAGUCUACCCGCAACCGUGCAACCAGCUACGGAACGCAAGACGCUAUGGGGAUGGUCAGCGAGGGUCACGGAGAGGAUAUAUCUACCAAUGAGCCGGUCAGCUACGAAGCUCAGAUCGAGCAACAAUUCGCAGUGCUCGGGUCCCAGUUUAACGACCAGGGUGUGUCGUCGGAGGACGUACACAGAGACCAAUACUCAGGCAAUCACUAUACCUACCAGUCGACACCGAACUACUACGAUGACUACAACAGCGGUUACGACAGUCUGCCCCGCCAGUCGAUGCAGGCUGGUCGGUCUGGUCGUGGGCCUGGCGUCCUGCAGAAGAACAACCGCAAAUUCGCCGACGCCUAUGAGUAUGAGCGCGAUCCGUCACAUCAUUCGGGCAGCUCUGGCGCAGCGCGCAAGGUUAUGGACUUCUUUCGGCGACGUGCCAAGUCCAGGGCUGGUGAUUAA